CUCUUUCCCACUUGUUGCGUUCCGGUUCUCCAUUUCAGACGCAUUUGAGUCAUCUUCAGUGAGUGCUGCUGAUUGUCACAAAUUGAAGAAAUUAGACUAUUUUUCUAACAAUAAUAAUUUCUAAUCGUUUAUAUCAAGUGAAAUAAAAAUGUCGAGACCAGGCGAUAGACCGAACCAAGCCCAAACAUACAAAUUGGUCGUCGUCGGCGGUGGCGGUGUGGGAAAAAGUGCAAUCACAAUACAAUUUAUUCAGAGCUACUUCGUGACAGACUAUGACCCCACCAUCGAGGACAGCUACACCAAGCAGUGUGUCAUUGAUGAUAUACCAGCUAAACUCGACAUCUUGGACACAGCGGGCCAAGAGGAGUUCAGUGCGAUGCGGGAACAAUACAUGAGGUCCGGUGAGGGUUUCCUCCUGGUCUUCUCCGUGGCUGACCAUGCCAGCUUCGACGAGCUCUACAAGUUCCACAAACAGAUCCUCCGUGUCAAAGACAGGGAUGAGUUCCCGAUGCUUCUCGUUGGCAAUAAGGCAGAUUUGGAAAAUCAGAGAGUGGUAUCACUGGAUGAGGCACAGGCUUUAUCUCGUCAACUCAAGGUCCCAUACAUUGAGUGCAGUGCGAAAGCCCGUAUGAACGUCGACCAGGCUUUCCACGAGCUCGUUAGACUAGUCCGCCGGUUCCAAGAGGCAGAACGUAUCAACAUCAAGUCAGACUACGGCAGUGGCAAAAAGAAAAAGUGCACCAUCCUGUAACACAUAUUACAUCUGUGGUGAGAUUUGUACAAUUCUACAUUCAAAGUUCGCGCCGUUCCGAUGACAGAUUCAUUUUUUUUCUGCAAAGAAAACUUUUUUUUUAUUUCUAGAGAUGUACUGGCUAUCUAUGGCGGGUUAGUCGACUACCAAAUCCAAUUUUUGGAAUAGCUUUAAUUUUAAAAAUGUUUUAGCUUACUCUUAAGCUAAAGUCGGUGAUUAGAUAGUUUGUACAUUCUUAAUGAAAUUAUUCAGGUUGUAAUAUAAUUUAUAUGUAUCGAUACAUCUCCAUGUACGUCUACUUCACUAG